AUACAAUUGAAUUACUACAAAAGUUUAAAAAUCACCUCUCGUUCUUCCCCACAUUUUUACUCUCUUUUCUCUUUACUCCUCUUUUGUGUGUUUCCUUUUUGUUUCAAUAACCCAAAAAAAAAGAAUGUUUAAAACAAUUGCCACUCGCGCUGUAAACUCUUGAUAUAUAUACAUCUAUACUAUACACAUGUUAAUUCAUAUAUUCUUCUUCUUUGAAUAGCCAAAAGUGAACUCAUUUUUUAUCAUUCAUCAUCAUAAUACUCGAUCCCUUAUCAAUGCCAAUAGGGCACAAAGUACGAGUUCUGCAACCUCUGCUAUGUCAUUUAAAAAGCAUAUUCGUCAAAGACGUUAUGGUCCUGUGCCUGCCGUACCUCAGCCUACUGUAGAAGAUGCAGUAACUAAUAUUCUUUAUAAUACACCACCUCCUAGUAGGGAGCCUGAAACACGUCAUGUAUUAAAUUGUCUUGUUCAAAACGAGCCUGGUGUCUUGAGUCGUGUCUCUGGUAUCCUUGCUGCUCGAGGAUUUAAUAUUGAAUCUUUGGUGGUAGCUAAUACGGAAGUAGAUGAUCUUAGCCGUAUGACCAUAGUUUUUAAUGGUCGUAAUGUUCAAAUUGAACAAGCAAGAAGACAACUUGAAGAUUUAGUUCCUGUAUGGGCUGUAUUAGAUUAUACAAAGACACAACUGGUUGAACGUGAACUUUUGUUAAUCAAGGUAUCUAUAUUGGGUCCAGAGCAUUUACAUGAACAAUUACCAACUACUAAAUUGGAUGAUGAUGUUGAAUAUGAGGAUGAAAACUUACUUUAUCACGAAAAGCAGAAAAAAUAUCCAGCACCUUCCGAUACUCUCAGAGAAACAUUCUCACAUUUACGUGCUUUAACAGAACUUACUCGUUUGUUUGAUGGUAGAGUAGUAGAUGUUUCCUCUGAUUCAGUUAUUAUUGAAUUAUGUGCAAAGUCAAGUAGAUUGACUUCAUUUAUGAAAUUAUGUAAGCCUUUUGGUAUCUUGGAAGCAUCUCGAACAGGUAUUAUGGCUAUGCCUAGAUCACCUGUACAUGACCAUUAUGAACCACAAACAGAUCAUUCCUAUGAAUCUGAUACUGUUGAUGCUACUAUGCUUCCUCCAGGUUAAAUAAUAAACAUACUUAAUAUAUGUAUGUAUAUCUUUUCAUUCUACAGCUAAUAAAAUAAAAAUCUACUAUUUCAAUUCACA